CAAAUGGUGGUUGAUUGGACAUGGUUAACAUGAGCCAGUGUCAUCACUGUAUAUUCUUUGCUAUUUCACUACGCAAGUGUAAGAAAUGCACCGCAAAAUUUGAACAUCUAACGAACAUUUCAUAUCAAUUUACUCAGGCCCUGGACUCUGGUUUCAGUAAGGUUUAAGCUUUUGGGUAUGCAAAAGUGCUCACAGACGCUAACAUUCGACAUGUAAGCUGGUGUAGUGGUAAAUUAGGCGUUUUCGCAACAUUAACAGAUCCUACCUCAUCUAUUCUCUUGGUCUGACGGCACGGAAAGCACAAGUUUUCCGUGGCUGAUUCAACAGAUGCUCCCAAAGUAUUGUAAUAAGAUUCUUAGAGUUAUUCCGCUCUCUGCUGGCGAGAAAUAAAGUCAACUUCAAGGGGAGUUCUACCGCCUGACCAGUAAGUGGCGAUCAAGAGCACUUUUCCUCACAGCUUCCCUUUGAACCGGAAGUGCACGCAAAGAAGAAGUCACCGGUGGUUGUUGUCUACCAGAGAAAAACACAAACAAUGGGAAAGAAACAUAAGAAACACAAAUCGGACAAACACGCACAUGAUGAAUACACAGAGCGCCCGCUGAAGCUGGUCCUGAAGGUGUCGGGCAACGAGGUAACCACGGGGAGCUCCAGUCGCGACACCUUCUACGACGAACAGUCACCAGACUGUGAUAAAGCAAAGGACAAGAAAAAGAAGAAGAAAAAGGAGAAAGAGAGGAACUGUGGCACACCUGAAAGUGACAAAGGAAAGAAGAAGGUGAUCAAAAGGAAGAAAGCCCAAGAAGUGGAUGGAGAAGAUGAACGAGAAAACUGCAGGACUCCCAUUCGAUCAGAGCUGGAUAAACUGGAAGAGAAAGCGCAAACGCCCCUACAAGAAGCACUGAACCAACUCAUCAGGCAGCUGCAAAGGAAAGACCCCAGUGCAUUUUUCACCUUCCCAGUGACGGACCUGAUCGCUCCGGGCUACUCAAUCAUAAUUAAGCAUCCAAUGGACUUCAGCACUAUGAAAGACAAAGUAAAGAAACAAUACUAUGCUUCUUUGGACGAGCUCAAGGCUGAUUUCAAGACAAUGUGUGAGAACGCCAUGGCAUACAACAAGCCCGAAACUAUUUACCACAAAGCCGCUCGCAAGUUGCUACACUCUGGAUUGAAGAUUCUCAGCAAAGAGCGUCUGCAGAGCCUGAAACAGAGCAUUGAGUUCAUGUCUGGUCUGGCUCCAUCAGACAAAGUUGCCGGUAAGCGCCAGCACCAAGGGGCGGCCUGCCUGGUGACCAAAAGAGAAGUCAGCAGAGGGGGCAGCGAAGGCUCACAGACACCCGGCACGCCUAGAUCAGACAAGUGCAGCAAGGAAGAGGAGGCCGAAAAAGAGCUCGAGGAAAUCCGCAAGGUCAUCGAAGAGUCCGGGGGGAAACUGUCCAACAGAGUGCUGCAGUGCGACUUGGAGUUUAGCAGACAGAGGCAAUCUGAUGGCUCCACUACUUUGGCUUUUGUCAACCCAGCUGAUCCGUCAGCAGGAGAGACCGGAUACUGCGCCGUCAAGUUGGGCAUGAUGUCCACCCGCCUGCAAAGUGGCGUUAAUUGCCUCCAGGGCUUCCGCGAGGACAAGAGAAACCGCAUCACUCCAGUGUCCUACAUGAACUACGGGCCAUUCACGUCCUAUGCGCCAACUUAUGACUCCAGCUUCUCAAAUGUCAGUAAGGACGACUCAGACCUCAUCUACAGCCUCUAUGGGGACGAGUCCAGCCUACAGGGCUCAGACAGCUUGUCGGAGUUCCUGUCCAAGUCGGACGAGUACGUAUACAAAAUGGCCGACAACCUUCUGGACGCAAUGACCAAUGGCGAGCAUUCAAAGACCCUGAAGGAGAUUGAACCACAGGUGGAAGAGCCUUUGCAAGAGGACAAAGCUGAUGCAGAUGUAUCCCAACUUGAUGCUUUAGGUUGCAGUAAAACGGAAGAGCCUCUUGCUCCUGAGCUCUCUGGAGUGGAAACAGACGUGCAGCAGAAACUGGACGAGACCACGUUGCUCCUACGGGAGCUGCAGGAAGCACAGAGGGAGCGUCUGAGCACCAAGCAGCCACCCAACAUGAUUUGCCUGCUGGCACCUACCACCAAGGAGCUGGAGCUGGCUGAGAAAGUGACAGGCAACUUGGCAGAGUUGACAGGUCAAGUGGCCCCUUGUGACAUUAGCAGCAUUUGGGCUAUCAGGAAGGCCAUGGGUAUCGCUCUCCCUCCAGGACCCCUCGUAGACCUCACUUCUGUGCAUGAGAUGGGAGAACCCAUGGACACCACACCCAGUUAUCCGGAGCCACCACCCAUCACAGCAGUUUAAGAACAUUUUUGUACAAAAAUCAUUGACAUUCAAUAAACUUUUGUAAUUAACAAACCAUACUGUGAAUAAUUUAUUUUGUUCACACUCAAGAAACAGCCAAAUGUACAUAUGACAGUAUUAAUCAUAAUAUGCACAUACAGACAAGACUGAGUAAGGCCAAGAGAUGAAUACUCAAGAGUCAGUUUGGCUCAAAAAAAAGACAGCAAUAGAUUUUCCCAUAGCUGCCAUUGGCGGUGACUGACAUCCGAUCCAUUUGAACUGCGAGGGCUGGCUGCAAGCAUGGAUUGGACAUCUUUCACCGUCAAUGGCAGCUAGCUAGUUAAAAACACACAAACAUGGCCCCUACUGAAUCACACUGCUUAUUACACAGUAACAAAGCCAACAAAAUGAUCCACAAACAGAAUCCA